AUGUUUACUAGUUUCAUCUUCUCUCUGGUUAUUGCAGAGAUGCUCGGCAUUGAGUUCAUGUGGUCGUCGGAUUCUGAUACCAUAGUGCUGGAGGAUACGCUUGAGCGAACCAUUAGCACCAUUGCGGGAGAUCCUACUGUUGGCGGUGCCAGCUCGGGAUUAACGGUACAUAACGGUAAUGACACGGUAGUAACUCGCUUGGCUGCCACUGUUUACUGGGCCGAGCUCUAUCUGACCCGGUCCACGCCCGCUUGCACCGCAACAAGUGACUGCCAAAGCGGGCCUUGCACUGCCUUUCGACUAUCAGCUCUGUCGGCCAUUCUUAUGCCCUGGUAUAUGCAGAAGGUUUUUGGCAAGCGAAUGAUCGUUAAUGAGGAUCGUCAUCUUACCACUAACCUUCUCGUUCGCGGCUGGGGCGUUGUCUUUGCCUCUGACGUCCUUACUGCCACAGAGACGCCGACAACAGCGACACGCUGGUUGCGGCAGCAAGUCCGCUGGGCCCGAGCCACUCACAUCGAAUCUCUUCUCGUCCCUCGUGUCUAUGCCAUGUCUCACCCCAUGGCAUUCUUUGCCGCAGCUAGACGCGAGUUUGGACCUCUAGUUGCCGCGGUCGCUGUGCUCUGGUAUUUUCUCACGUCGCAGAAGCUGCUUUACUUCAGCUAUCCAGAUCUGUUUCUCCGAAUCGGUAUUACUACAGUCUACAACAUCUUGCGCAAUCCGGAUAGAUUGAGGCUGGCUUUAUCAUGCCAUUCACAUCUGGAGUUUGGUGACAAUGACGGCUGA